ACACAUAUUUUGAUAGUUUGUUUUCUUGUAGAAUAGUAUCUUCUUCUCCCAUUAUGGUUCUUGUCAUUGAUUUUACCCCUCCAAAGAAUCCGACACAAAAGUACACCACAAUCCAACUUGUCCUACUUGCAUUUGCAGUAAUACUGUUCUCUUCAGUCCCCCUCUACUUCUUUACCAAUACUUCAUCUUCACCACCAUGGCUGUCUUUCACAAGCAAUUUGAUUGGCACCAUAAAUUUUGGAAACAACUGCAACAUGUUUCGCGGUAAAUGGGUUUACUACCCCAAUGGAGCUUCUUAUACUAAUGUCACUUGCUCUGAGAUUUUUGACCAUCAAAAUUGUAUGAAGUUUGGAAGACCAGAUUCUGAGUUCUUAAAAUGGAGGUGGAAACCCAAACAAUGUGAGCUGCCUCUUUUCGAUGCAGUACAGUUCUUGGAGCUUGUCAGAGGCAAGUCAAUGGCUUUUGUUGGAGAUUCUUUGGGAAGAAACCAUAUGGAAUCAUUGUUGUGCCUGUUAGCCAGUGCGGUUUACCCUGAAGAUAUUGUUUCCAACAAAACUGAUUCAAGGUUCAAAAUCUGGAUCUACCUUAACUACAACUUCACAUUGGCAUCCUUUUGGUCACCUUAUUUGGUUAAGGCUACAGAAACAGAACCAAAUGGGCCAACUUACAACAGACUCAUAAACCUUUAUUUAGAUGAGACUAACAGUGACUGGGCAGCGGAAAUUCAACGAUUUGAUUACGUGAUAAUCUCAGCAGGAAGAUGGUUCUUUGGUCCCCAAAUAUUCUAUGAAAAUGGUCAAAUUGUUGGUUGCCAUUUAUGCCAAAGAAAUGGCAUUAAAAACUUUACCAUGUUUUAUGGAUACAGGAAGGCUUUCGGGACUGCUUUUAGAACACUUUUAAACCUUAAAAACUACAGGGGAAUCACCUUUCUGAGGACAUUGUCACCGGCUCAUUUCGAGAAUGGAGAGUGGAAUAAAGGAGGGGAAUGCAAAAGAACAGGACCAGUCUCCAAACUGGAAAUGAAAUUAGACGGGGCCGAUUUGGAGUUGUAUGAAACUCAAGUGGAGGAGCUUAAAGCAGCAGAAAGAGAAGGGAAAGUAAAGGGUUUGAAGUUCAGGUUGCUAGAUAUUACCGAAGCAAUGGUGGUUAGGCCAGAUGGGCAUCCAAACCAUUAUGGUCACAGGGCAGAUGAGAAUGGGACCAUUGCUGACUGUGUUCAUUGGUGCUUACCAGGCCCCAUUGAUACUUGGAAUGCUUUUUUGCUUCACAUGUUGAAAAAGAUUCAUGGAAAAUGAGAAAGAUUAGAUUUUGAUUGGCUGCUGAAUAAAAAUGAAAAACAAGUUGCACAAAAUGAUAGACAUAUGAGCAUGUUGAACUUUUUCUUUUUUACUUUAGAUUUUCCAAAAGUGAAAAAGAUGCCAGUCAUAAAGUUGGCGAUAUGUCUAAAUC